GGAUCGGACGGGGGCGAGCGCUGAGCCCGAUCUUGGCAGGAAGCUGCGAAGUGAAAGCGCCUCGCCGCCUUCCUUCCCCGAGACGCGCCGCCCAGGCCGGGAGAGUCGGCGGGCGCUUCCGCGUUGCUCCAAGAUGGAAGCUGCGCCUUGAAUGCAGACGCGCUCCGGCAUUUGUUGAACAAGCAUACUGUUCAUAAAUAUUAUUUUUCAAAAGAAAUGGAAGCAGAGCCCCGGCGCCGAGGCACCGAUGGGAAGGGACGGCGGAACCUGCCUGCCCGGAGCCGCUGCGGUUCCCUCGCUGACUCCCGUGGGUAGGGAAGGCGGCCGCAGACCUGCCGCGGGGCCGUUAGCCACCCGCCGAGCUGCAUCAACCACACUGUGACACUCCAACCAGUGGCUGCGAUUUUCCACCAUGGGAAGCAGCAGCAAGACCCUGGAUGAGUUCGCCAUGCCAGAAGAAGUGCAGGGGAUGGUGACGCAGCACCGACCCCGGAUUGAGCAGCUCUUCAGGGUGGAACUGAAUGUCCUGGGUGUCCUGCGGUCAGCAGAGAGUCCGAGUAGGGACCUCCAGGGGGAGAGGAAAAUCUGGCUGCAGCUCCAAGGGCGCCGUGAGAACCUGCAAAGGGCAAAGGAAUACAUCAAAGGUCUCUGUGCCCCGGAGAUGAAUGAGGAGGUUUACUACCCCAAAGACAUGCAGUGUAUCUUUUUGGGAGCUCAUGGCUUAUUCCUGGACUGCCUCAUCCAAGGGACAUCUGCCCACUUGACCUUUCUUCGCCCAGGCACCUUGGCGAUCUCAGGCCUGGCUGAAGCCUUCGUCAUGGCUCAAAGCCGGAUACAGGAGUUUGUGGAGAAACACCAGAAGAACCCCAAGUUGCCAGAGGAACGGGAGGCCCAGGUGAAGCGGGACUUCCGGGAACUGGUGGAGGCCCACGAUGAUAAACAUGCUAUGGACCUCUUGAUUCUUCCCACCUCAGUCAAGGAGGAAUUGCUCAGCUUGGUGAAGGAGGCUCAGGACGAAAUCCAGGAGCAAAGUCAACGGAGUGGGUGUUGGGGGCCACAAGGCUUUGGGCAAGGUUGUUCACUGGAGUGGGAAACUGUCACUGUGGGAGGUGGCAGGCCUCAGUCUCCAACUGGGCCUCCAAAUCCCUUCGGCAUGUCAACAGGGUCCAGCAGGAUUCAAGAACAAAGCAAAACCAGAGACUCUAAUGCUGACUUGCCCUCUUCGGGCUUUGCGAAGUCCCAGGAUGCUCUGCAGUCGCAGUACUCCGUAAUGCCUCAGGAUAUUAGGGCCAGCUUGUCUGUCAUGGCUGGUAGGCUUGAAGACCAAGCUCCACCUCAGGCGCCAAGAGUGGACUUUCCCAGAGUCUCUGCUGGGACUGAAACGCACAGCAAGCCCCAGGACUUCCCGUCUGGCUUGAAUUUCCCCCAGGGCUGGCCUGAGGCAGCAAGUGUCCCGGAGUCAGUCCUUCCGAAGAGUUUUCCCAAUCCCGUUCCAGCUUUACAAGCCAUCCAUACAACUCCGAUUCUCCCUGGUUACGCAGACCUAAGAGAGUCUUUGGAGGACUGUCCAAGGGAAGGCACGACAAUGGUUUGCACUAAGGAAUCAAAUACUGUUAGUUUACCUGAAGAAACCAGUGAGGAGGAGCCAUUAUCUGACGUUCUGCUGUCCUCGUGGACAGAGAAGGAGUUCAAAAUGAGGCUGAACUUCUUUAAAACUAUGGGUUAUGAAGAGCAGGUGGUCAAGCAGAUACUCUUGGAGGGUGGGGUGAGGGAGGCCCCAUCAACUAUCUUGGACAGGGUCCAGAUGGCAGAAGCAGGGCUGUCCCAGAAAGAGGACCUUGUCCUUCCCCCGAAGGAGCCCGGGGGAGGUGAGCUGGGGCAGAGUGGAGAUGAAAAGGAUUACCUCAGGGAACUCAUCAAAGAGGCCAUGGCCAACUGUGGCCACUCGCCCAGUGAGAUCCCUACAGAAAUACCCACAGAUGCGCCAUUGGAGGGUUUGCUGAGGCGACUUAAUGAGAGAGGGGAACACCAGGCCGAGGGACAGGGUGCAACAGGGCCCCCCGUGGCAAGAACGGAACGUGGAAGGCAGUUUGGUGUCCAGAGGGCAGCCAUCUUGAAUCGAGAGGCGACUUCUCAGAGGAGCCCUUCUCAUGAGAGAGGGCAGAAGAACAGGUCACCUUUCCAAGAGGCCACCCGUGUAUCACCGAUCCACCAAGAGAGUUCUGCGUUCCCCACCAGUCCUUCUGGGGCUAAUCUGUUCACCCCAUCAGAAUCUGAGGGCACCCAGUUGGCCGAGGGGACCAGUCUUGGACCCCCCCACCAAGGGGCUGUUUCUACAGUAACUGGAGCCCAGCGGUUUGAAGAGGCUCUCCAGACCCAGUUCAAGCUCAACCUGGCCAAUACCCCGGGGAAAAAGAACCUCCGCAUGGUCAUUAUUGAUGGGAGCAAUGUGGCCAUGAUGCAUGGGCUGAACCAGUUUUUCUCAUGCCGGGGCAUCGCUCUGGCUGUGCAGUAUUUCUGGGAUCGUGGUCACCGGGAAGUGACCGUCUUGGUACCUGCAUAUCGGAUGGAAGAAGACUCCAAUGUGAGAGAGCGGCACUUCUUGGCUGAGCUGCAGGACCUGAGCAUCCUCUCAGUGACGCCAUCGCGCAAAAUCGACGGGAAGGGCAUCGUGCCCUACGAUGACAGAAUCAUGCUCAGGCUAGCAGAACAAACGAACGGCGUCAUCGUCACCAACGACCAGUUCCGGGAUCUUGCGAAAGAGUCCAAGAAAUGGAUCCGAGUCAUUAAAGAAAGCCUGCUGCAAUACAUCUUCGUGGGGAACAUCUUCAUGGUCCCUGACGACCCCUUGGGACGUGGCGGACCCACGUUAGUGGAAUUCCUGAAGAAAAAUCCCAGCAGGACCAAGGCCUCCGAUUGCCACUCCUUCAGUGGCCGGCCAGCGCCCACACCCACACCCUUUCGCCCAUCUUCGCAGACAGAGGUUCUUCAGCCCCGGGACAGGAAACCCCCUGGCAGUUCAUCUGGGGAUCCAAGGAGGGCUCCUCACGAUGGGACAGCCAAGAAAGAGACCUCUCGGCCUGCUGCAGAGACAGAACGGCUGCGGAGGGACCUUUUGGAGAUCUUCACGGGCCAGGACAUGAAAGUGGAUUUUGUGCUCAUGCGAGAGCCUUCCUGUUGUGACCUCAACAAGCUUUCCGAGGCCAUUCUCAGCCUCACUUUCUGAGCCAGCAACCUUCUUCUGGCCCUCAUCCAUUUCCGGGGUGGCCCUGAACAUGUGACGGUUCACAUCACUUCUUCUGGGGGUCACUCUGGAGGGAGGAUGGGAGACACAAAAGAAAACUUUGCCACUAGACACUGUAUGGGUGAUUCUGAGCACCUCUUGUUGCCCCAGUCGGCAAAGCACGGAGUCUUUGGAUGAUGGAGCACCCCGCUUCAGUAGUCAGUAAAGGAGUCUCAGCUCCAAAUGCACAUGGAUUUUGAGGGACACCAAAAGAGCUCAGGCUGAGCUACUGCAGGCAGUAAGGCCAGGCCUAUGGCCCACCAAAAGUACACCAAGGCUUGUCCCUCUUUUGCAGGGCGUCUCCACAGUGACUGUAAAUUGAUAUUUAACUUCCAUGGCCCUCUUCUGAUUCCAGAUAAUUCCUAGAUCUAUUCUACCGAAGAGAUUCCUCUCAGGUUUUUCUGCAUCUGUACGAUAUUACACUUUCCAGGUUUCCUAAGAUAAAAUCUGUGAUGGCUACAAGAAUUCCAGAAUAAUUUAAAAUCAGGUAGGGACAUUUAGAUGUAGUUCUGUUUUUAGGUUUUGUCAAAGAACAAAUUCAUGGAAAGCCCUCAACUGUUUUCCAGAAAGUCAUGAGGGAGACAAGGAGGACCAAUUAGGGAACAUUUUGAUUUUGGCUCUGACUCCCUGAGAAGUUCCUAGAUCACACCUUUUCAGGAAUGUACCCUAUCAACAGGCUUUCCAGAUUUUACAAACAGUAACAAAAAUUAUUUUACUCAGAGAUUUUAAAAGCCCCACUCAGAUUUGAGAUGGCAGCGUGCUCUUACAUUUGGGGUUCUAAAUAUAUUUUUAAAUUGAAAGUCAAAUAUUUCUUAGAAAAGGAAAUUGUACAAUUUGAAGAUCCCCGAUGAAGGGAAAGUGGGGAGAAGGAAGAAAAAGGAAUUUGGUUUGCUUCUCAUUGUUUAAAUACUGAACUGCUUUUGGAAGCUAAGAAUGAAUGGUGUGUUUUCUGACCAAGUUCUGAUUUUGUGGGUCAUCUAAUAAAAGACUAUGGAAAUGUU